AGUGAGAGAGAUCGAAAGGUGAGCCCAUUCACGCUUGCCUGGUCGGCGAUAGCACACGCCACACAUCCAUACGGAACGCAUUGGAAAUACUCCUUUAGGCUACACCAAUGGUUUGUGGGCAAUAAGGAAAAAAAAGGCGUUUGGGGUAAUCUUUAUAGCCUACCUACGGACAAUAAUAACAACAAAACGCAUAUUUGUUUUCUCUCAUCGUAAAAGCCCAAAUCACCAUGUUGCUGCUGCAUUCUCCCAGACAAUUGUCUUUCCCCGAGAGUGCUCGCGGUGUCUGCUACUGGUAGAGGUGCUGGUGCGCUGGCACAAAUGCCCGUAGUCCUCGAGAGCGAGUGGGGCAGCCAAACAGACAGUCGCCUAGCUCUCGUCGCCUCUCGAUUCGGCGUUGUAUUUGGCUUAAUACGUUGAAAAGUUACGAGGCGUUGCAUUAACGCAGCUGUUGAUGAAAUUGUUUACAGUGGAGUUUAAGGUGUAAUGCAUUACGGUGCUGGAUAUUUUGCCACUUACCGACUUUCCGUGCACAUGAGGAUUGCACAGAGUCGAUCUGGUCAGACUUGGCGCCAUUCAACUGGAAUACCUGAGACUCAAUUGUGUGCACGCACGCACGCUCCGACAACACACAAACUUAUUUACCACUGUUGUGACUUUUUUUGAAUAGCCUACAUUUUGUAGCCAUGCUUUUAUCCGUGCGUAAAUUUGCGGCAUAUGUUUUAUGAGUCAAUGGCAUUUGACGCUUUCCCUGCAAGGAAUUUGUGACUGUAGGCUGGUAUCGUUCCCCAUGAUGCAGUAUGGAUGCCCGAUGAUGCGCGGGACUUAGUGGAUUUUCUAAAGGGGAUCGGAAUGACAUUUGAGUAAACCCCCGUGGACCGUAAAUUCGAUUUUCACCACCCGGUUCCUUUUGCACCAAACAGCCGCACACAACUCGACAUCUAUCCAACGAUUCUGGGGUCGGUUUCGGUUCGGCUCGCCCGCGAGGGAGAUGGCCGCAAUCGCCAGCUCCUUGAUCCGACAGAAACGCCAGGCGAGGGAGUCAAACAGUGACCGGGUCUCCACUACUAAAAGGCGCCCCAGCCCCAGCAAAGACCCACGUUCCAUAUGCGAGCGGCAUUUCUUGGGGGUCUUCAGCAAAGUCCGUUUCUGCAGUGGCAAGAAAAGACCAGCCGCUCGGCGGCGACCAGAUGCACCGUCCAAACCUCCACAGGUGUCCCGUAAGGGCGGCAGGCUAGAGCCGCAGCUGAAAGGCAUCGUGACACGAUUGUUCAGCCAGCAGGGCUUCUACCUGCAGAUGCAGCCGGACGGCUCUAUCGAUGGCAGCAAGGACGAGAACAGCGACUACACACUGUUUAAUCUAAUUCCUGUGGGUCUGAGGGUGGUGGCCAUCCAAGGGGUGAAGGCCGGCCUCUACAUUGGAAUGAACGGAGAAGGAUUCCUCUACAGCUCAGAAAUGUUCACGCCGGAGUGCAAGUUUAAGGAGUCGGUGUUUGAGAAUUACUACGUGAUCUACUCGUCCACUGUGUACCGGCAGCAGGAGUCCGGUCGGGCCUGGUUUCUAGGCCUUACCAAGGAAGGCCAGGUCAUGAAGGGGAACAGGGUCAAGAAAACCAAGCCCUCCUCACACUUUGUCCCCAGGCCCAUUGAAGUGUGUAUGUACAGGGAGCCGUCGCUGCAUGAGAUCGAGGAGAAACAGCGCUCCAGGAAGAGCUCAGGGACUCCCACCAUGAACGGAGGGAAAGCUGUCAACCAGAACUCCUAGCAGCAGGGCCCCAAGGGUGGGGGGCCCGGGACCCCCCUCUCUUAAAUAGAGGGGAGAGAGGCUACAGACCCCCUCAACAACAUGCCCUCUGAAGGGAUGGGCCGCCACGAGGGGGAGGAGCUACACCCAAGAUGACAAAAAACUGAACUCUCGCCUGUGAAAAUCUUUUAGACGAAUAUCAAGAUAAACCCAGAGGAAAAACAAAAAAAAACAACGACAAACAUUUUCAAUCAGGAGUUGACCUAGGUUUUAUGCAAAAAAAAGAAAAAAAAAGCUGUGAGAAAGGAAUGGUGGUCUCUUCACAAUACAAAUAUCUAUCGUUUCCAAUUUAAGCUGUGAAAAAUUAGCUUUAAAGACAUGUUUAAUUUCCCAUGCAUUGAUUUUAUGAAUGCUAUGGCACCCUCACAUGCUUAAUUGUGUUACUGUUGUCCAAUAAUAACAAUAUUACUUAUGUGUUGAUAACUCUUCAUCCCAAUUUAGUAUCAUGGGUGUUCUGUUUUUCGUUUGAGACUGUAGACAUGAAAAAUUGUUGUUAUUUUUUUAUUGCUUGACAUUGAUUGCACUUUCACACUGCAUACACUGGUGUGAGGGUAAAGAACGAAUAUAUAUGAGAAGUCGCUGGUGGGCUCGGUAGGAACAGGAAUGGGUGAGUGGGAUGGCUUUUGCUCAAGUGAUGUACUGUCGGUGUGGAAUAUCUCCUAUGUCCACAUACUCUUUGAUAUGACAGGACUAGACAACUGAAAUCAAUAUGGUGGCUACUCCACCAAGCCUCAUAGUAGUCCUCUAGCAUAUUAUGGUGCGUUCGAGUGCGGAUGGAAAUGUGGAAAUACAAGUUCCCGACCCAGAAAUAAUGAUUGAACGACCCUCAAAGUCUGAGUUCCAAGUGGGAAACACGGUCCAGAAUGAAGAUACUGAAGUUUACGAGGUGUGACCUUUCACCUUUUCGACCACUAGACGAUAAAAGAAAGCCAUUUACAACCGUAACCAUCUGAUUAAUGUAGCUCGGUGGAUCCAUACAGUAUAUAGUUUGACAUAUUGUCAACAUAAGCAAUGUUAGCUAGAUUAGCCAUCUAGCAAGAAUGUCAGUGGUUGAAGAGUUAUUCUGACUUCAAAAGCACUUGAAAGCACUCAUGUUGUAUAUACAACUUCACCAACUGGGAAAUAUUAGAUUCGGAGGACCGUUCGAAUGCACCAUUACUCUCAAUGAUCCAGUCCUGUGAACUUAAUGGUCAAGAGGGAAAGGAUAGCCUUGUAAUAUUAUCAAUACUCUGGCAAAGUGGAUAUAGCCAGGAGGAAAAAAAGAUUGAUAGAGCUUCUGGUUGUUUUUGUUUGGUGUGCCAGUACUAAUAAGGGCAUUUCUUUCUAAUAAGGUCUGGGUUGGCCAAUCCUGGGGGGAAAUGCAAUAUUCUCUCCAGAAAAGGAAACUUGGCUAGCAUCCGCCAAUCAAGGAUUCUUUCAUGAACAGGUCUACUUCACCUCUUUAUGAGCUUUGACAAGACUUUCUUCGAAGUGCGUCAGAGAAUGCUUUUAGUCGGUACAAAUAAAUCAUGAAAAUGUCCUUGGGAA